GGCCUUUUAAAAUCAUACAUCCGUGAACCAGACAAUUACCAAUAAAUUCCUGUUCAAAAUGGAAGGCCUACAAUUUUGUUUAUCUUUAUUUACUCUUCUUGCUUCUGUGAUACAGUGUAAAGCCUCUUGUUACUAUGGAAAUAACUGCUACAGCUACUACUACUAUUAUUAUUCUCAUUAUUGGAGCACCGCACGAAUAAUUGGAUCAGCAGUCGGGGGAGGAAUCAGCCUCAUAGUGUGUAUUGUGGUAAUGGUUUUGCUGUGUAGAUUCUGUAAUAGACGUCCAGCUUUCAUGGGGUCAACAUUUACUACUGGUCAAUCAAUGCCUACAGUUACUACUAUUGGAACUCAACAACAACAAGGCUACAGUGCUCCAUACUAUCCACAACAGCCGGGAUAUCAACCACAGUACACAUAUCCUACUUACCCAGCCGGUCAACCAACUUAUCUAGCCGGUCAGCCUACUUAUCCAACCGGUCAGCCAGCAGAUCAACCUAUGGCGGGAUAUUCUAAUACUGCUUUCAGUCCUCCAUCGUACGAACAAGCAGCCUAUCAAACUAAGCCAAAUGAACACCCGACGGCACCCAUGCAGUAGAUUCGCAAGCUCUUUGUACAACAGCUUGAUUGAUGUAAACGGAUGUUUAAUAGCAUAACAAGUCUAACUAUGUUACUUCAUUUAAAAAAUGGUAAAGGUAUCACUCGAUUAACCAGAAAACAUAAUUUUUAAAUAACAUGAAACUUGAUUUCAGAUUCAUUCUAUAUAACUCUUACUGUGUAAUUUUGUAAAGCUGCUUUUUUUCUCAUAAAAUUCAGUUCCUCAUUAUGUUGGUCUAAAUAAACAGAAAUAAAAGUGCAGUACAUCCGGGGUAAAAUUAUGCGAUUUUUUUUUUAUGAAGAUCAAUAAUACUUUUUUUCUCAUAUAUUAUCAAAUACUUUGAAUAAAAUUGUCGUAUGUCAAGAAUUAUGCCAUUAAAAAAAAUUGGUUCUGUGAAUAUUCCUAUAGUCUCAGUGUUAAACGAGUAAUUUGACCGAUCGUGCAAGGGCUGUAUAGCAAGUCAAGGUCGUUAAAAACUUCCAUCAUCAAACCAGUAACUUGAGAAGAAACUGCUACGAAAUGUCUAUAAAUUGAAUUUCGGAUAUUUGAUAGGAUAGUUGAAACUUAUUCUGCUCUACUUAUGUAUUUAAUAGUUGUAUCUAUAUGUACAUUAACGAUACGCGAUACAUAUACGGUGUCUUUGUGCUUUUUUCCAAUUUAGCACUCAAGUUAUCUUUCCUGCCUUUAUCAACCUUUUAUAAAAAGAAUCUUAAUAAGGUAUUCUUCACUUUUAACUUUACAGUAUUUUUUAAUUUCCCAAAAAAAUAAGUUAAUAUUUGACGUCAUUUAAAUAUGGGGUUUGUGUUGUGCAAUCUUUUGUUUUCUAUGUUGUGUCAUGUGUACUAUUGUUUGUCUGUUUGUCUUUUUCAUUUUUAGCCAUGGCGUUGUCAGUUUAUUUUCGAUUUAUGAGUUUGAUUGUCCAUUUGAUAUAUUUCGUCCCUCUUUUAAAGUGACCAGCUGUUUAUAUUUUUAUAUCAAAUAUAUCAUCUAAAUGGCUUUAUAAUGUUUUAUACUAUACUGCUGUUAAUAUUCAUUAAUACAAAUAAAGUCUUUCAUUUUUUA